AUGAAGUGGGCUUACAAGGAGGAGAACAACUUCGAGAAGCGUCGUGCCGAAGGAGACAAGAUCCGCAGAAAGUACCCAGAUCGUAUUCCAGUCAUCGUCGAGAAGGCACCAAAGUCAAGACUCCGUGACUUGGACAAGAAGAAGUACUUGGUCCCAUCCGAUCUCACCGUCGGACAGUUCUACUUCCUCAUCCGCAAGCGCAUCCAACUCCGCCCAGAAGACGCUCUCUUCUUCUUCGUCAACAAUGUGAUUCCACAAACCAUGACGACAAUGGGACAACUCUACCAGGACCAUCACGAGGAAGAUCUCUUCCUCUACAUCGCCUACAGCGACGAGAGCGUGUAUGGAGGGGAGGUUGAGAAGAAGGAUUAG